AUGGACAAUGGAGUCGUUCAUCUGGCACAUCCAAGUAGCAAAAAGACCAGUGAAGGCGCCGACUUUGUUAUUCCAAUGGAGUUUACGCAAGAGCAGAUUUUUUCAAAAGUAUCACCAAUCAUUACCAGCUGCAUAGACGGAUACAAUGUGUGUCUAUUUGCUUACGGUCACACUGGAAGUGGCAAGACCUACACUAUGGAGGUAGGCGGAAAUUUGCUUUUGACAUCAAUAUGUUUUGGUAAAUCAUGGUAAAU